AUGAGAAGGAGUGGGGGGGGGGGGGGUGGAUUUGAGGGGGAAAUGAAAAGAGGGUAUGGUGAAAUUGGGAUGAUGGGGGGUUGGGGGAAUGGGUUGGGAUUUGGAGAAUAUAGAGGGGGUGGAAGGUAUGGGAGGGGGAAUUUUUGGUGUGGUGGAGAAGAGAGGGGGGUAUGGGAGGUUGAGGGAAUUGAGGAUGAAGGGUGGUUGAGGGGGGGUUAUGAUGUUGAGGGUAUGAUGGGGUUGGAGGGGUUUUGGUGGGGAUUUUUGGGUGGGGAGGUAUUUGGGGGGUUUGGGUUGGGAUAUAUGUGUUUGGGAGGGGUGGGGGGGGGGUAUUGUGUUAAGGGGGUUGGUAAGUUGUGGGUGAGGGGUAUAUUUGUGUGUGGGGUGGUUUUGGGGAUAGAGGGAAGGGUUUAUAGUAUGGGUGGUUGGGGGGGGGUAAAGGGGGGGGGGAAUGAAGAGGAUGAAAGUGAAAUGAAGGGUUCUGUUUGGGGGGAUGAUGAAUUUAUGGAGGUGGUGAGGGGUUUGGAGGAUUUGGAUGAUGUGGUGGAUAGGGGGGGGGGGGGGGGGGAUUGA